GGGCUCUCGGUAGGUUUCGGGAUCGCCCGGACAUUUUCGCCUCUUUGUUUUACUGAUAGUGGAUUUAACUCGGAUUGAACCCAAUAUCCUGCGGACUCCUCUGCUACCAAACAGGUGGAUGAGGGGCGGUCCGUGAUGAAGAGUUAGCCCCUCCCCCUUUCCUGGACACGCGAGCUGAUUGGCUCACCUGCUCAGCUUACACAUGGCGGCCCUCGGGAACCCAGACAUGUUGACGAGGAAGAUUAAGCUGUGGGACAUCAAUGCUCACAUCACGUGUCGUUUGUGUGAGGGCUACCUGAUGGACGCCACCACCGUAACCGAGUGCUUGCACACUUUCUGCAGAAGCUGUCUUGUCAAGUAUCUAGAGGAGAACAACACUUGUCCCACAUGCAGAAUUGUUAUUCAUCAGAGCCAUCCACUGCAGUAUAUCGGUCAUGAUCGGACCAUGCAGGACAUUGUGUAUAAACUGGUUCCAGGUCUUCAGGAAGCGGAGAUUAAGAAACAGAGGGAGUUCUAUCAGAAGUUGGGGAUGGAGGUCCCAGGGGACCUGAAAGGAGAACUCUGUAACCUCAAACCUCACCUGGAGACCCAACGCAAUGGUGAUGUGAAGACCGAGGACUCAGCCAAUAAGGAGCAGGAGAAGCCCGAGGAGGACAACGAUUAUCACCGGAGCGACGAGCAGGUGAGCAUCUGUCUGGAGUGUAACAGUAGUAAACUGCGUGGUCUGAAGAGGAAGUGGAUUCGCUGCUCAGCUCAGGCAACCGUCCUUCACCUCAAGAAGUUCAUCGCCAAAAAACUUAACCUGACGUCCUUCAAUGAGCUGGAUAUUUUAUGCAAUGAGGAGAUUCUGGGAAAGGAUCACACGCUCAAAUUUGUGGUGGUGACCAGGUGGAGAUUUAAGAAGUCACCGCUGCUUCUACAUUACAGACCCAAGAUGGACCUGCUGUAGGGACCAGUCUCACAUGAUGUGUUAUGGAGUAUUUAUGCAGAGACGAUCAAGCCAACAAACAUGCACACACACACACACACACACACACACACACACACACACACACA